UCGUGGCUUCGUUUCCCGUUCCUGGGGGGCCGGAGGGGUGCAGAGACAGGACAGGGGGAGGCGGGUUUAAGCUGAAAGAAGGGAAGUUCAGAUUAGACACUUGGAUGAAGUGUUUCACUGCGCUGGCGGGGAGGCACCGAAUCGGCUGCCCCGAGGAGCCGUGUGCCCCAUCCCUGGAGGUGUCCGAGGCCGCGUUGGAUGGGGCUUUGACGGGGAUCGUGGAUGAGGUUCCCUAAUGCAGUGGGAGGUGUCCCUGUCUGUGGUAGGGGGGUGGAAUUGGCGGUUCUUUAAGGUCCUUUCCGUCCCAAACCGUUCUGUGAUUCCAUGUUUCCAUGCUGUUUUUCUUCUGUAGUGCCCAUCCUGAAAAGAAAAGCGCAAUUGUUUCAGCUGUGAAUUCCCACGAGUGCCUCCUCUCCUGUACAUGUCUGCUGCUGGCUUCGCUGGAUGCCUCCUCUCCUGUACACGUCUGCUGUUGGCUUCGCUUGAUACUCCCUGCGAAAGGUCUUCGGAGCAUCCCUAACAGAAGGCUUUUAAAAGCAAUAACCCAUAAUGCUCCUUUUUUAAAUCUGUGCUGGGGUGGCAAAACGCAGAAGAACCUCAAGAUGUCUGUCAUUCAGCCAGGGACAGCAACGCUUCGUAAAGCAAAGAAAAUCACUGUGAAAACAUGUUUAGAUAACCCCUUUGUUUUUCAGUGGAAAACCAUAGAGGGAGAAGAUAUGCAUUUUAUACUACAGACUUUGGAAGAAAGGAUUAAACAUGUUGGGCUUAAAAAGAUUGAGACCCCAAGAAAGAAAAAGCGUUCCCCUAGAAAAAUACAAACAGAAAGCAAGUGUGAUGCUAGCACCAGCAAACUCCUUAAAAAAGAAGAGGAAGCAGAAGGCCAUCGACAAAACCCAGGAUGGACUGACAUAAGCAUCAGAAGGCAGCUUGCUAUUGGAGUUAAUGAAGUUACGAAAGCAUUGGAAAAAAAUGAACUGCUUCUCUUGCUGGUGUGCAAGUCUGCAAAACCUGCGAUGAUUACAUCGCACCUCAUUCAGCUGAGCGCCAGUCGUGCCACACCAGCAGGCCAGGUUCCCCGUCUCAGUGAAACAGUCGCACCGCUUCUUGGCUUAACAUCCAUUUUAGCACUAGGCUUUAAAAAGCAGUCUGAUAAGUUUACUGAAGUGGUAGAAGCAAUAAUUCCAAAGAUACCAGCUUUGGAAGUGCCGUGGUUUCAGUACAGAACUGAAGAAUCCAUGGCUUAUGCACAUACAGAUUCUUCAGAAAAUCACAAACCUGAGCAGCUUGCAGAGGCCCUGGAGGAUGAGCUCACAAGCCAGAAGCGGAAGCGUACAGAAAGCAAUCAGCUCGAUCUUUCAAAUGUAAUUUUGCAGCCUUUGAAAAUCAAGAAACUUGUUCCAAAUCCAAAUAAGAUAAAGAAACCACCUCGUAAAAAGAAAAAAGCUUUUUCAGCAUAACUGAUUUUGGUUUGGGUCUUCAUAUUAAGCAGAUUUUUUUUUUCAAUGCUGUAUGGAGUACAGCUUCAACUGUACUGUUCUGUUAGGCUUUACAGUGUAAAGCACUUGAAUACAAGGUGAACAUGUUGCAUUCAGUUGAGGUACUCUCUACUUUAAUAAAGAAUAU